UUCAUCAUAAAUCUUUUUUUUUUUGGGGUGCUAUGAUGCUCUAAUCCAUAGCUUAAGCAAGUAGUUUCUCUUUCGGUUUUAAAAUUUUCCAUUUUCCUUUUCUCACUUGUGAAAGAACUUUGCUAGCUUGUGUUUGGUUAAACUUUGACUGCUCUUGUACCCAGUGUUUUCAGUAAACAUGGGGCAUAAGUAUCUCCUACUGGCAUUCUGUUUAUGGGCUUUAACAUGCUUACUUCUUCCUGCUUCUUCAAAUGGCCUUGUGAGGAUUAAUUUGAAGAAGCGACCCCUGGAUCUUCAAAGUAUCACUGCUGCCAAAAUGGCAAGAAAAAAGUCAGGAGAGGGUGUGAAGGGCAUAUACAACUAUUUGGGUAGUUCAGAUGAAGUGACAGUACCUCUUAAGAACUAUUUGGAUGCUCAAUACUAUGGGCAGAUUGGAGUAGGCACACCCCCACAGAAUUUCACUGUCAUAUUUGAUACAGGAAGUUCCAAUCUAUGGGUUCCAUCAUCAAAAUGCUUUUUUUCUAUUGCUUGCUAUUUCCAUUCUAAGUACAAGUCAACCAAGUCCACUUCAUAUAGCAAGAUUGGAAAAUCUUGUGAAAUAAAUUAUGGAUCUGGAUCAAUUUCUGGUUUCUUCAGUCAAGACAGUGUUGAAGUUGGGGAUCUUCCUGUCAAGAAUCAAAUUUUCAUUGAGGCUACACGAGAGGGCAGUCUGGCAUUUUUGUUAGCAAAGUUUGAUGGAAUACUUGGGCUUGGGUUUCAGGAGAUUUCAGUUGGGGAUGCUGUGCCAGUGUGGUACAAUAUGUUGCGGCAAAAUCUGGUAGAUGAUGACGUUUUCUCAUUCUGGUUUAACCGAGAUCCAAAUGCAAAAGAGGGAGGUGAAAUUGUUUUCGGUGGUGUUGAUCCAAAGCACUAUAAAGGAAAGCAUACUUAUGUUCCAGUCACUAAAAAGGGCUACUGGCAGUUUGACAUGGGAGAUUUUCUCAUUGGGAACCAUUCAACAGGUAUCUGCGAGGGUGGUUGUGCUGCUAUUGUGGAUUCAGGAACAUCCUUACUCGUUGGUCCAACUCCUAUUAUCACUGAAAUAAACCAUGCCAUUGGAGCUGAAGGGUUUGUGAGUGCAGAAUGUAAACAAGUUGUAACUCAGUACGGAGACUUAAUUUGGGAUCUCUUAGUAUCAGGGGUGACACCUAACAAAGUAUGUUCCCAGAUUGGUUUAUGUCUGUUUAAUAGGGCUCGCUCUGUAAUACAAAGUGUGGUUGCGAGGGAAAACAUGAAUGUAUCAUUGCCUGGGGACGAUCUUUUGUGCACUGCUUGUGAAAUGACUGUUAUUUGGAUCCAGACACAGCUAAGACAAAAGGGAACAAAGGACAAAGUACUUCAAUAUGUCAAUGAGCUGUGUGAUAGCUUGCCAAGUCCAUCAGCAGAAGCAGUAAUAGAAUGUGAGAAGAUUUCAAACAUGCCCAACAUUACAUUCAGCAUCGGAGAAAAACCUUUCACCCUCACUCCUGAACAGUAUAUUCUGAGAACCGGAGAAGGCCUUUCUACCAUCUGCAUCAGUGGAUUUAUGGCUCUAGAUGUCCCUGCUCCACGCGGUCCUCUGUGGAUUCUUGGAGAUGUGUUUAUGGGGGUGUACCACACUGUGUUUGAUUUUGGUGAUCUCCAACUGGGUUUUGCCGAAGCUGCUUAGUGACCCUCCUGUCUGGUUAUUUAUAUGUUGUGAUCAUAUUUAUAAGCAAUUUAUAGGUAUUGUUGUUUGUGGUUAAGCGAUGUAAUCUACAUAACUUCAUGAUGGUUAACAGACAAUAAUCAUGGGCGUGUCUAGUGCCUUAUUUAUACACAUUGCAAGGAAAUACAACUUAUCCUAUAAUUUCUACA